UAAUUGCCACUGUAAAUUCCUUGAUGAAAAGAAGCUCCUCUCCAUGGGGGUUAUUGCUCAGUUUCCUGUGACCAUCUCCCUGUCUCUAACCUUAUUAGCAUCCAGUUUUCAAUACACUCAGCUUCUUGUGGGAUAGUUAUGUCACUUCUAUUCAACUACUACCAAGCAGGAGCUAACAAGAGGCAAAGCAUCUGGUAUAAAUAGUGGUUUUGCGGACAACCGAAGAGCAUUGAGGCAUCAGCUACUCCAAUCCCUAACUGUCCAGAUCUUCUCCUGAACACCCACGCGGUAUAAACCGUCUGCUGACCAAAGAAGUACUUAUUGCGACAGGCGAAAGGCGGUUCUUUAAUGUACAAAGAUUUUUUUCUCUCAAAUGUGUUGGUUCUGUAAUUGUGGAUGUGAGUGUUGUUGUUGCGCUCAUUGUAUAGACUGUGUUUUGUGUACAGGGUGUUUGAUUGAGUAUGACAUAAAGAUCAUAGAAGACGUGCUAGAGCACUAUUUGGUGAUAGGUUUAGAGAAAUCUUAUUAUACGCUUAAGACUAGCCCCACUAUUGAGACAGCAUUGAGAGAUCGGAAUGAAAAGGACCGGGAGGAUGCAAAACAUGGUGAUUGUUGGAGUGGGAUUAUGGAUGAGUGGAUGGGUAAUGAUACUACGAAGCGAGCCAGACAUUCCUAUGAUAGAAGCAAUAAGCAAGGAGAACUGUGACCCAUGCAUACGUACAACACUGCAGGGAACACAGGUUUCUAAUACUUUGAUUUAUCACACUCAAAAACCUGACAGGUGCAAGGAACACACACCCCAAACCUGUCAGGUAAACAAUACCAUAUAUCACAUGUGUAUACUGAAGGAUAAGGUGCAGUGCUAUAACCCCGCAGAAGCCAAACAGAUAACUACUUAUGAAAUGUCAAUAUACACAACGGAAUGCGGGAGAGAAGAGCUUUUGAAUAAGACAGAAUUUAGAAAGUUAGGGAAGCCAGUAGAAAUAACAUUUGAUGCCUGUUUAGCUAUCAAUCGUAACUGUGAUAUAUGGAAAUCAACGUGUGGGACAUUGGAGUGGGAAAGAAGUUAUAUGUUAGACAAAAAGUAUAUGUGUCGAAAGCAGGGAGAAUGCGGUAAUCGGGACACAUAUAGUUAUUGUCCAUAUUGGUCUUGUGCAGUUAUGUGGUCAGGAGAUCAGCCGGGGGGUACCCAAAAAUGCAAGUUGGAAAAUGGGGUAGCUAGUAAUAAUUGCCGACAGAAUGAAUGUAAUCCUAUAAAGAUUACAUGUACCCCGACAAAACUAUGGAAGGAGGAUUAUGGAUUAGGAAUUUAUGCCAAGGGAAAAGAUCCCCUUGUAACCCUUCGAUGGUAUGUCACUAAAGUUACCAGAGCAAUGCAUGACACGAAAGAGUUGUUCUGGUCAUAUUAUUUCGAGAUGGAGAAGUUGAAUGUACCCAAAAUCCCUAGUCAUGUAACAAAUACCUUUGUCAAAUUGGCAGAAGACAUAGCCCAUACCCUGAAUGUAUCAAAUUGUUUCGUUUGUGGAGGGACUAAUAUGGGAGAAAAAUGGCCAUGGGAAGCCCAGGAAUUAAAUUACUCCAAAGUACUAGAAAUGGAUCAAAAAGGUAACCUGUCAUAUAACAAGGGUAAAGAUGGGGACUGGACACUGACUACUAGUCUGGUAGGGAAUGUAUGUUUCCAGAGAAAAAUUGUAGCAGGCUGUCAUCAGGUAGGAAACCUCACAUGCACAGGCAAAUGGGAAAGUAAGGUAUGGUGGUCAGGAAGUAAUGCCACAGAGGGAACUGAUGAAAUGGCUCUGUUUAAGGUAAAUGAGUUAGCCUUUUUAAAGGAUCCAGAUAAUCAGACCCUCGAAUGGCUGGCUCCUGAUGGACUGUACUGGAUAUGUGGCAAGAUGGCAUAUGGGUUUCUACCAAAGACUUGGUGUGGAACCUGCGUCCUGGGACUAAUUAGGCCCAGAUUCUUUUUGCUUCCCCUUAAAACUCGACAGGUUUUAGGUGUCCCGGUAUAUGAUGAGGUGGGGAGCUUAAGACAAAGGAGACAUGUAGAUACAUCUGCAAUAGGAAAGGUUAGGGUCGGAGGCAACCAACGCAGUUGGGGAAGUGAGGAGUGGCCUGCAAAGCGAAUUAUUGAGGUUUAUGGACCAGCUACCUGGGCGGAAGAUGGCAUGUAUGGCUAUCGGACCCCCGUGUACAUUCUGAACCGUUUAAUUCGUCUGCAAGCAGUGGUUGAAAUAAUCACCAAUGAAACUGUGAAAGGUCUUACUCAAUUAGCCAGGGAAAGUGUUAAAUCAAGGACAUAUAUUAUGCAGAAUAGAUUAGCCUUGGACUACCUAUUAGCUAAAGAAGGAGGGGUAUGUGGAAAGUUUAAUUUAACUAAUUGCUGCAUAGAAAUUGAUGAAAGUGGGAAAGUUAUUAAGGAAAUAACGGAUAAAAUGGUCAAAAUAGCUCAUGUGCCAGUCCAGACUUGGAAAGGCCUUAAUUUGCAGGAUAUGUUUUCAGGAUGGUGGCCAAAGUUACCCGGCCUGCAGGCCAUCUUUGGCCUGAUGGGAUUAAUAGCUGCAGGGUGUAUUUUUCUCCCAUGUUUUCUACCUCUGUUUGUUAAAACUAUUUCUAAAAGUCUAUCCUUGCUGGUGGAACGUAAGACAACUGCUCAGGUGAUGGCUAUGUGGGAUUACAAACGGCUCCAGCAGGAAGAGGACCUGGAGGUGUGACUCGUCUGGAUAAGACAGAUGAGUCACAAAGAGGGGUAAUGAGCUAGGCUAAGAUCCGAUAUUGGGACAAAAUUCAAAUAUUAGAAUUCCAAAUCUUUGGUCAAGACAGAAGUGCCUCUUCCGUGCCAAGGUGCUAAGCUGACAAAAGGUAUUUGACGUAGGCACAGAAUUGUAAAAGGGCAAACUGACCCUAAACAGAUACAUCCUGUUGUUUAUUGUUUAUUGCAUCCCAAAUGUCAUGUAUAUCCCUAGAUGAGAAGUACUGCUUCCUUUACUGCCCUUGAGGCGUCUCCAAGCCUCUUAUCUCCUUUUUAUUAUGUCUUGAGCUCCGGAGCAGAGAACCUGAAUCUGUGAGAACAGGAUUGUUAUUUCCUUUCCUAGAGAUAGAUGGAAGGGCAACUUCUACGUGUGAAAUGUAUCACUCUCUGUAAUAACUCUGCCUUUAAAUUGUAUAAAUACAUGGCCAGAAGAAGCUAUCAAUGUUCAGACUUUCUGCUUGUCUUUGGACUGUUUGAACCGUGCACAAUAAACUUUUUCCUGCAUUGAA